ACACCAAAAGUCUUCCGUAUUGUCGCUACUGAGCGUUCCUCGCAGUGUCACGGAUCUUACUAAAUUGAAGGUUGGCUAACGCAACAUGCAACUAAAACACUUUUUUAUUGAAUCUAAAUGUGUUAGUAUUUUGGUGAUAUGGUCUGGUGUCAUUUUGGGUAAUUUAAGUUUCAACAGAGUGGGUGUUAAAACUCGAAGCUAACGUCAAUUGUCAUAUUACCGGUGCGUGUUGGAUGUAACGUUGUGUCCCUGUACACGUGAAAACGAAAAAUUAACCAUUUUGAAUAAUAUUAUGUGCCUUAUAUAUUUAAAAACUGUGAAAUAGAAUAUUUAUAUUUUUUCUACAUCCUGGGGUUAUUGCUAGCUUAAGGAGUAAGCGCUCAAACCAACUUGUGCCCAGUACAUUCGUGAGUUAGUAAACAGUAGAUGGGACUUUCUGUUGAAUGCUCGAUAUUUGAUGAAAAUAGCAGGCCUCUAUCUGUCAGAGCUAACUUUAACCUCAGGAGAUUAAUUCAAACCAUAAACAGAACUCAAAUAAACAACUGAAAUGUACUCGUUUUCAGGGCAUAAGGGGAAGUUGUGUAUGCAUGGUUUUGUUUUUGUGCCGAUAUACCGAGAUGUUUAAACUCAUUUUGGCCGAUACCGAUAUCAAUACCGAUACACAGACCUGUUUUAUUGGAAAACCACGAAAAAUACCAGAAAGUCAUCUGUUUCUCUUAUUUAUUACUGAAAAAUAACAAGACAAACAAUAUAACCGACCAUAAAUGAUAAUGAUAUAUUUAGCUACUGACGUUCAGUAAGACAUCUGCUGUAUAUUGAUCCACCUCAUGUUAGCAGAAAUGCCCAUAUGUGCAGUUACAGAUAGUUAACUUUUUAAGCUCUUUCGUGCGAAUACUGAUAUCUUGUCUUAAAUUGUGCAUUCCCAAAAUUAAAAUUAAAAUGUAAGGAUGCAUGGUCAUUUAAAGCCUCUGUGUUUGACCCCCCCCUGCAUGUGAAAUCCUGGUGAACAAUGUAAAAAGAUAACAGAAGAGGACACGUGUGACUUUUUUUAUGUACUUCAGAGGGAUGUUGCGGCGUCCCAAACCAACAGACUGUGAGGCAGACCUCCUGAGAGAGCAGGAGCAGUUUCUGACCUCCGGUGCCACAUCCGCUGCCAAUGUGGUCCGCAGACCUGACAAAAGGAGAGGUGAGGCUGGAGGAGAACCGAAUGGAGAAAGUGACGGAGGACAGAGGGAUGUUGUCACCAUAGAAGGUAAUAUUCUAUGAAUCAAUUGUCAACUAAAAUAUGUGCCAUUUUUAACAAUUGCACAGCAGCUAUCCAUUGAUGAUCCGAUAAGACUGUGACUGACGAUAUAAUAAACUAUGCGAAACUCAAACUUAGUGUGCAACUUUUUGUUUUCUGUAGAUCUUCCAGACCAGCUCCCGUCCUUGACACCAGCACCUCCAAAGAAGUCCCGCUUUAAGGCCAGUCGGGUCACUUUUGAGGCUGAGGAUGCAGAGGAGAGGUUGGACAGACAUGACACUCACAUCAGCACUGUUCUCUCGAGGAUUGUUGUAAGUGUUAACCUAAGGCUUCUUUGGACAUGAAAGUGUGUAACAGAUUGACAUGAUUUUGUUUGGCCUUUUUUCCCUUUUUAGGGUAAAGUGGUAUCUUUUUUUGUUAAAAAUAUAUAAGCACAGUUUGAGUUUAUUUUUAUUAUUUCACCAGUUGAUUUGUACAACUGUUCUCUGUUUAAGGAGAGAGAUACCACCUCUACUCCAGUCUCUUUACCUGCACUCACAGGUAUGGCUUUCCCCAAAGUAAUGCACCGCUCAGAAAUCAGCAGUCAGGUAAGACUAUUAUUUCUUGUAUCAACUCUAUUAUCUAUUCUUUUCCCUUUGUGUAAAUAGUCUUUGUGUUAAUGUGAUUGGGUGUGUGAUUUGGGGCUGGAUUGAUUUAAAAUUGUAUUGAAUUAUUUGACACGGAUCACUUCUCAUGAUCAGAUGCCACUGUCCUCGGUUGGUGGAAAGAAGAGUAUCUUUGCACGCCACAUAGCAGCUCAGAGACUCAAAGAGGGAAAGACACCAUCAAACUCUGCACCUGUAGCUGCUCACACACCUGAACACAGACAGCAGAACCUGCCCCCUGAGAUGAGUAUGGAUACAGAUCAGACUAUAGCUGCUGCAAGUAAUUGUAAGUAGGAUUUAGCCAUAUAUUAUUUAAUAUAACAUAUGUCUUGUAUAUUUUUUCCUCUGUUUUUCAGCCUUUUUUGCCUUCUUCAUAUCUCUGCAGUCUCAGGUCCCAGGCUGGUGUCAGGUCAGGGUCUUCAGGGCUCGGAUGGCUCAGCAGAGUCAGUGAGGAUCCACAGGGAGAACCAGGCUAAGAUCCAAGCCAUGUCUCAGGCUGAGAUACUACAGGAGCAGAGCAAACUCUUAUCGCAGCUUGGUAGGAAAAAAUCUUCCAGUGUCUUAUCCUGAUAGUAUGAAGUCUCUUUUUAGAUUGUAGACCGUUUUUUUUCUCUUGUUUUUGUUGGUACUACAGUGUUUAACACGAUUAUUUAUGCUUUUCAGAUCCUCGACUGGUGGAGUUUGUAAGAGCUCGUAAAGCCCAGAGCGUCCCAUCCUCAUCUCCCUCGUCCAAACAGCCCCAAGGCAAAAGCAGCGAAGGAAAUUUCCCUCUUGAUAAUGUGAGCAGAGAGUCAGACUCCUCCAGUGUUGCUGUGCUGUCUCAGAACAUCCAAGAAGUAGCGAUGGAAAGAGAAGUGGGGGAGGAAGAGGAGGAGGAGGAAAUGUCAGCACCACCUUCUGUGACAGGUAUGAUGGCUGCAUAAAAACAUUUGAACCAUUUCUCCUUUUUCUGCUCAGUUGUUUGUGUAGAUUUACACGAAUCAAUAACAGUCUUUUAUGUGGAUUAUUCGAGUAAUUUCACUUUGCUCUUUGCAUCAUUAAAUCUGGUUAGAUUGCAGUCUUGCUGCAGGGGGCUGUCAAAUUAUCCAAGCUAAAAUACAUUUUUAGAGAGAGGAGCCCUGACUGUACCCCAGCAGAAUAAUACAAAGGACACAAGAGUUGGUUUGGUAUUAAAAAAGCUGUCAUGUCUCUCUUUCUGUUUCUGAAUCUGAUUGUUUUCUUUCCCCUCCACUCUCAAGUAUCCAUUUGAUAAAGUUGGAUGAAGCUGUCAGCUAAAAACAGGACAUUAAAGCUGAUCAUUAAGUUCACUCCGUGCGAUGAGCAGAUUGAGCCAGAAAAGAGCCACUCUCUGCAAUUAAGUCACUGCGGACCUGUUUUUUUCCAAGAAUACUGAGCCCUGAUGGAAGAGGCAGCAGAGGAUUGAAUGUAGACGGGUCCCAUGAAAAACAAACCAUGCACAGCUGUUUUUUUUUUCUGUCUGCUAUUGAAGCAUCCUCAUGUUUUCUUUUGGAGCCAGAUUUUCUCUUUGUGAUAAUAGCUGUAAGAAGAAGAGUGUUUUUGAAUGAUAGGAAGGAGGGCUUGACCAGUAUUGGUUACAGAUUAGAUGCAGUUAACAGAUAGCCAAUAUCUGCUACUUACGUAUAAAGACCUUAUUCCGUGCUUCUUUGCUGGCGCUAACAGUAACAUCUUUAUUUACAUAAUCAAAAAUUUUUAUUAAAGUGCUUUUUAUUUUAAAAAUGUAUUAAAUUUAUUUAUUUUAAAUUUUAAACAAAUAAUACAACUGAUAUCAAAAGAAGAUAAUUUUGACUACUUGAAACAGGUCAAAUAAUAAAGGAAAUAGAGAAUAUUUACUUAAAUAAAGACAGAUCUUAUACUUUGAUUAUACAAGGUGAUUGAAGGGAAAAACAACAGGUCCAACAGUCAAGAAAUUCUAUCUUGUCACUCAUGUUGUUACUGUAAAGACUCAAAUACUUUUCUAAAACAUGCUCUUAAAAAUCCUAGGAGUUAAUACUUUCGGUUCUUUCAUCAGUGACUUUCACUAAAUCAUUUACUGAUGAACAACUGCUGCAUCUGUUAUUACAAGUAUUAUGUUGUUUGUGAAUCCAGAGAAAGACCUGCCGGUGAAACCUCAGAAAGACUGGGUUCAUAUGAACAAACUAGAGCCAGAGAAACUGGAGUGGAUGAGAGAUCUACCUGCCCCAAGGAGGAAAGGGACCAAGAAGGUACUAUUCCAUAAAGACUUUCCUCAGCACUGAAGUCUGAAUGGCUGGUUCAAAUAUAUAUUUGUGAAUGUGUUUAUGUUAUAUUCUUGAUUUAAAGGUGAAAAGAUGUUGCUUUUUAUUCCUGAUAGGCCAUGCAGGCUCGCUUUGACUUGGUGGGAAACUUGAUUCCACCCACUGAGGAUCUCCCCACACACUUAGGUCUGCACCACCAUGGAGAGGAGCCCGAGGUCAGUCAGGAAUGAUUAGAAAUGCAUCCUAUUAGUUUUUUUAAUCAAGCAAAUAUACAACCCCUGAGUCUGUUCCAUAUGCUUAUCAAAAUGUCAUAGUAAAGAUUCAGAUCAUGAACAUUGGAAGAUGUGAUUUCACCUGUUACUGAGGAAGCUCUCCCGUUUCUAUUGUUUGUUUUGUUUUUCCCCUUGACCUUUUAUUUCUUUUUUCAGCGGGCGGGCUACUCCCUGCAGGAACUCUUCCUCCUGUCGCGCAGUCAGGUCACACAGCAGAGGAGCCUGGCCCUCAGCAGUCUAGCCUGCAUCCUCUCAAAGGUUUGCAAACAAACACUUUAAAUAUGACAUGUAUCAGCAGAGGCACAUGUCUGUAGUCCUUUUUUUUUCUCCAUUUCUUAGGCACGUGCAGGGGAGUACCUGUCGGUUCUGACCGGCAGCGUGAUAUCCACUCUACUGGACGCCGGUCUGCUCUUCCUGCUCCGCUUUGCGCUGGAUGACGGAGUGAAGGGCGUGAUGUCUGCAGCUGUACAUGCACUGAGAGCGCUGCUUGUGUGUGCAGAGGAUGAAGUAAGGCAAUCUACAGCUGUUCAUUAAAAAUGUUGAGGCUUCUUAUUUAAAAUGGGUUUGAUCUGUUUCGUAUUUGAAAGUGAUUCCCCACAGUGUUGUGCAAAAUUAGAAAGAUUGAGAGGUAUGAAUCUCAAGUAUGUCAGAAAAUAGAGCAAAAACAAACUUGAUCUAUGAGAGAUAAAAUGCACCCUUUGCCUGCCGCAAGUUUCGUCAUCAUGUCCCAUCGUUUGUUUGCCCUCUUAGGAGUGUUUGGACUGCACCUUCUCCUGGUUUCGUGGCCUAGCCUCCUUCCCUUUGCUGCCAUCUACUCAAGAGGAAGAAGAUGAGGAGGAUGAAGGUCUGCCUGACAUUAUGAAAGAGACAGCCAAAGAGAAGGAGGAGAAGAAGAGUGAUCAUGACGUGGCGAGGCAGGAUGUCGUCAAAGUAAGCGAACAGGAUGAAUCUCUACGUCUGAUUUGUUUUUCCUUGCUGUACCAGGUUUAUUACACUCAAUUCAUUGAUUUUUGCCUGUUUGUGUUUCAGGGUCUGUUAAGGAUGAAACUGCUCCCUCGGCUGCGUUACAUCCUUGAAGUGGUUCGGCCCUCUCCCCCAGUGGUCCAAGACAUUCUUGAGAUCCUGACACGCGUCUCUCGACACUCCUCCUCGUCUGCCACCCAGGUAGAAACAGCGACAGCCUCACUUUGCUUCAAAUCUUUCCUACUUGAAUGAAUCCUCUUUAAUUACAAUUUUUUUCCUCCAAGCUUAAAGUCCCACUCUGAUCGUUUUUUUUUUUUUACUAUUUAAAGUGUUAUCAGUGGUCUUUAAAUUGUGAUUAUAAGGUUUUUUAGCGAAAAUCCUGUUACCUGUGUCAAUUUCAAGGGCUUCUCUUCUGCAGAGCUCCAGUAGCUCAUUAGAAACUCGCCUCUGAGUCACGGGCAGAGACAGUGCUGCUCUGCAUACACCUCUUCGCGCUAGCUUGCAGCCUAACAUUGCUGAAGUGGCAGGUAACAUAGGAGCUAUUCAGCUCUCGGACCCUUAAUGUCUUUGGGGGCAUGAUGAAAUUUAUAUCAUAAUUCUUACGAGCAUUGCAAUUUGCUUACGCACACGCUUGGACCGCGAUCGUCUUCUCUACUUAUCCGAGUCUGGCCUGCAUAGCGGGGCUCAGGGGGCGGAGCUUGGAUUUGCUACAUAGGAAAUCUCACUGUAUCUCAACCUGCCAUUUGGGUCUGCCAGGGAUUCACGGCGAUUUGAAUGAAGAAAUACUCAGAAAAGCAAUUUCGCACUUAAUUUUCUCAUGAUAUGUCCUGUAGCAUCAGAAAAAUGGCAAAUGAACAUAUAGACAACAAGAAAAACUAAUUUUCAUCAGAGUGGGUCUUAAAUUUACAUAUUUUAACAUAUAUUUCACACUCAGGUGCUUGACUGUCCUCGAAUGAUGGAGACUGUGAUGUCAGAAUUCCUGCCAACUUCAUGGACACCUCCAUCCUUGCCCCUUCCUCCAUCUGUUUAUGGACUGCCCCUCACCUCCGCUAUGAAGUUGAUAAGAGUUCUAGCUACCUCAGGGAGACACGCCUGCGCCAGACUCGUAAGUGCUCCUGAUUCUGUUGUGCAAAUAUGCGGGUGAAAUGUGCAAACACUUUUUUUAUGUGCUCAAGACUUUCAUAGCUCAUCUGGAUAACUGUCCCUCUGAAGCAGCCGGAGACGUUUCAUCUGGCCUCCCUCCUGCAUGUCUCCGUCAAAACUAAAAGCAAAAACAUCGUUGAAAUCCGAACUCUGAGACUAAUUACAUUUGUGAUUUUUUUGUACGAUACAAAACACAAAAAUGAUGUAAUCUUUUUUAUUUUUGAAACAACAAAGCCUGCUCUUGAUUUUAUCCGUGUAUCUCUAACAUCUGUUCACGAUCAAUAGUAAUCCGGUUUGGAGUACAGAUUUAUCAUUCUCACAUGUAUGAUCAUUAAUCAAGCAUGGUCCUCUCUCCUCCUUCAAGUUAAACUCUCUUGGAGUGAGGGAGCGUCUGUCUUGUUUGCUGAGUGCUGAGCCUAGUGAGCUGCUGCUGGAACCGAGCGAGGCCGUCAGGAUCACCACCGAGGCCUUCAGGAUGUGGACUUUGGCAGCUGGCUACGGUCAGGCCUGUCAGUUAUACAUGUAAGAUCACAUAAUCAAACAGGAUACAAAAGACUCCCUCGAGAUACUUUUAAAAUGAAAAACUAAAAACACACAAGUCUCAUUAUUACAAUAUUUAGAGUACUUGAGUGACAUAAUAUGAUAUUUAUCAACCAUUAUUCCUCCACAGAGAUCUGUAUCCAAGCUUGGCUAAGGCGUUACAGUCAGUCCACAGAGUCCUGGCUCCUUCAGAUCCUCUGUGGCCCCUACAACUCCAGCGGGUCCUGGCUCUGCUUUCUCUGCUCACACAGAUCACACACACAGCUGGCUGCCACCAGGAGCUACAAGCUGGUUUAGUCAGGUAUAGAUAAAGAAACCAUUUUGCCGCAUAAAGCAUCACACAGUUGACAUAAAUCCUUUUAUCUACAUAUGACUCUCUCUGUUUUCACUGCAGCUCUCGGGGAGAAGAGAGUCCUCCUCCUCUUCCUCCUCCUCCAGUGUCUUGGAGUCAUGUCGCAGGGUUGAAGGCACCGCUGCUGGGACAUUUAAAGGCCUUUGUGAAGAGUCUUGAUGAUCCGGUACAGAGAGACAGCAGCCUGGCUGUGAUACCUGCCUACCUGAUCUACUUACAGGCUUAUUAUCACCAGUUCUCCAGACAGGUAGCUGCUGGUGUUUUAUUCGUUUGUUGAUUUUUUUUUGAGCUCUUAUAAUAAUACUGCAUCAAAAAGGAGCUCUUAAUAAUAAUGGUAACGUGACCCCAUCUUUUAGAGCUGUUUCAAGCCAGUAGAGACCCUUCAAGAACUGGAGCUGUUAACAUCCGAGGUUCUCCUCCCUCUGCUGUCCCAUCAUGUUGUUCAAAGCCUCAUGAAGAACCUAAAGUGAGUUCAUUUUAUUGUUGUCAGCUGGCUUCUUUGUUGCUUCUGAUUUUAUUAGUUGCACGUUGACCUGCACAAUCUCAAAACUCGGCUCAUUUGCUGACUGUUAAGAUGAUUUUUUUUUUCAGGUCUUCCUCAGUUGUGUGUAGUGUUCAGUCCAGUCAUUUGGGCCCAGAUACAACUCCCAGUCUUCCUGGUUUGGCCUGCCCAGGAUGGAGGGAUCGUCCAGGGCUGGUCGCUCCUGGCUCACCCUUUCCUCUCCUCACAGGCCUGGGGCUUCUUCUGGAUACCGUCGCAGGCAUCCACAAAGGUCUCACCCGCAAGGUAGGGGAAAAGUUUUCAAACCUUCAGCGGCGAGAUUUAAUACAAAGAAAGGCAACGAUCGCAGAGUCUGCUGUUGAUAAAAUGCGUCUAACUUCUCCUCUUAUUCUUUAGUUUACAGGUCUGCUCCUGUCAGAGCCUGUGAUUGGUUAUCUGCGCGGUUGCAGUCAGGCAACACCCACCCUGUCUCACACAAGAGCAUGGCUGCUUCGUCAUGAACACCACCUCCUCUACCUGCUGCUCAGGCUUGCCCACAGACUGGUAGGCCCCAUCAUUGAUCAUUGAUGGAAGAGUAUUUUCUGAACCUUAUCAAAGGAUUUAAAUAACAUAAAUGUGUGUAAUGUGUUGAAUUUGGACUCGAUAAAACUACAGAGAGAGACACCAGCAUAUGACAUGACACCCUAAACCAUCACAGGCUUUAGUAUCUUUACAUUGGACUUCAAAAAAAACUUUUGAUUUUGUGCUUAUCACUCUCCAAAUGACAGAUCAAUUGUAAAGAGGACUUUGAACCCCUGAGAAACAGGCAUGUUGUGUCUGGUUCUAGUAGCGGCUUGACAGGGAAUACUGCAGUUUCAGACCCAACUGUACAAUCAGCAGUCUUCUCUAUUAUUGUGGUUUUAUGUUCUGAAGUUGAUUAGGAGAUAUUUGAUAUUUAUUCUGUUAACAGUGAUUUAAAAUGAUCAACGUUGAACUAAAACAAAACACAUUAGUUUAUAUGCAAUAAGUCCAGAAUUUGUCUCAUUUCCAUUCUCCUAAUAAAAAACGAUGAAAAAAAUAACUAAACUUUUCCACAGUGAUAUAAACUUUUGUACCGCACCUGCUCAUUAAGGUUGUUUUUGGAUAUUCAAACAUACAAACACAUCAGCUUAAUACAGUGGUUCUGAUCCCUGCUCCAACACACCUGAUUCAAAUGAUCAGCUCGUUAUUAAGCCAUCACAGAACUUGAUAACGAGCUGAUCAUUUGAAUCAGGUGUGUUGGAGCAGGGAAACAUCCAAAACAUGCAGGACAGGGGGGGCUCGAGGACUGGAUUGAGAACCACUGGGUUAUUAUUACAGCUGUUUCCAUUGUUCAUUGUUUAUCUUUACAAAACUGGGUCUGAGGAGUUUGACUCUCUUUUCCCAGAGUGACGUAAUAAUGCUCAUUUUUAAAACUGAAAAAGGGAAGUAACGUCUAACAUCAUGAAGAUCUCUGCUGUCUCUUUUAAUGAGACAUGAUCUAACCAAGGUUGAAAAAUGGAGCACAUGUUUGUUUUUAAAGGCCUGAAAUGCCCUUUUCAUUUCUUUCCACUUAUCUUGUUUGUUUUGAUUCUCCCAAGAAUAUGGAAAUAGUUUGUAACUUGGCAGUCCCAGUUUUUCCAGCAUUUGAUGUUUCUAUUAUCAUCUGUUUUCUAUCCAACCUGUAUCAUUUAUUACCAUUUCUUAGGUUCCCUUUGAUCCAGAGGUAGCGAAACACGCCUCACUGUACCACCAGGUGGCGCUGGUUCUUCUUCCAUGGUUGUUGCCUGGCAGUGAGUUCCUGGCCCAUGAACUUCUGUCCACCAUCAUCUUUAGCAGAGACUUUUUAUCGUAAGUUCAUUGUUGAUGUUUUUGUCUGUCUUCCUCUUUAUUACAGUCUAUUUUAUUUAUUUCUUUUUUUUUACCUCCCAGAGAGGGCCACAGCGGAGGGCCGGAGGCUGUCGAACUCGGAGAGCUGAAGCUCCAAGAGGAAGCACAACACCACUCCUCCCCUUCUCUCCAGACUGUGGGAUCUCUCCUGAGGGAAGCCUGUGUCCAGCUGCCCUCCAUACGAGGCUGCUACCUCACUCACCUGUCCCAUCUAGAGCCAAGUGUGCUGACUUCCAGAGAUGCUUUGCUCGGGCGCAACCCUUGGAUCAACUCCCACCUCCUCCCAGAGCUCACAGGCCCCACCUUACCAUCCGAUUGGCCUUUCCUGCCACUGGUCAGCCUGUACGAGCGAGCAGGAGUGACUGAUGGUGGAGGGUUAGCGGUGGAGGAGCUUCCUCAGGGGGCUCUGCAGGUAGUGAGUCACUGUCUACAGUGGUUGCUGCUGCUGGAGGUCUGGAGAGAGGAAGCACUUAAGGUACACAGACGAGUUGUUUUCAUGUGACCAAAACUGGGGCCACGAAAGAAACCCCCCCAAACCCUCUUAAAGGGAUACUGCGGCGUAAUACUAAUUUAGAGUCAAACACACCGUAACACCGAGGUAGACACUCCCUCGAGAGAUAAAUGUUGCUGACUGCUUGAUUCUCUAGUUAUACCAACUUUAGUGAUGACCACACGAUAGCAAUACACAGCAGUCUGAAGGUCCUUACACACCAGGCGCGAAUUCGCCAGGCGAAUUAUUCGCCUUUAUUCGCCUUUUUUUAAAACAGCAGAAAGUCAAUGCAAGCUCCCACACCGGCGGCGAUUUUUCCGCGGGGCGAAAAGCCUCUUUUAUUUUUUUGCUCUUGUGUCGAAUUUUUCGGAGAUUCGCAGGCGAAUAUCUGGACCUGCUAGACCUCUGGCCAAUCAAAAGUCAUGUUGUUGAUGACGUCACAGACCCAUGCAGCUGCAGUUCACACGACACACACCACCACUGGCAUCAAUAGCAACGAUGGGGGAGAGUGUGUACCACAGAGUGGUCACCCAGUGUGUAUAAGCGAAAGCGAUUUUUUGGACUGGCGAAUAUUUCCGCAUUUCCGUCUCGCUUUUUUGCGUCCCUUGCAAAUUCGCUGGUGUGUAAGGACCUUUAGAAGCCAUAAACAAACCUCAACCAAAACGCCACUCUAUAGCCACAAAUAAUGCUCAGAACAGCACUUGACUUCAUCAACAGUACUUAAAGUGUCCUAGCCACAUCACUAGCUGUGAUUUCUUUAGCAAAGAGACGAAACACAACUCACCUACCUUCUUCCAGCUGUGGGGUGCCACAGCUCAAGGAAGAACAUUUUUGAUCAUUUCUUUAUCAUUUUUUUGAAGUAAUAAUCAUCAUAUUAAUCAUUUUGAACUGCAGACGUGGUAGUUCUUCCGCCUUAGCGUCUCAGUCUGAUUGCAUUUCCAUGAAGAAAUGAUCAUAAAUGUUCUUCCUUGAGCUGCGUCCCCCCGCUGUAGUCCGUAAUGGACUGGCCCGAGGUCUCACUACAAACAAGCAGCUAGGUGAGGUUGGCGAGUUUUGUUUAGUCUCUUUGCUAAAGAAAUGAGGCAAAGUUAAAAAGAUGUUUGGUGGCUAGUACUAUGUCUGGGACCCUAUAUGUACUGUUGAUGAAGUUAGGUGCUGUUCUGAGCAUUAUUUGUGGAUAUAGAGUGGAAUUUGGUUGAGGUUUGUUUAUGGCUCCUCAGACUGCUGUGUAUUGCUAUCGUGUGGCCGUUACUAAAGUUGGUUUAACUAGAGAAGAAAGGGGUCGGCAGCAUUCAUCUCUCGAGGGGGGGUGUCUAACUCGGUGUUACGGUGUGUUUGACCCUGACUUGAUUUUACGCUGGAAUAUCCCUUUAAUCUCAACAAUCAGUGACAAAAAUGUUAAAAACUAAAGUACCGAAAAGCAGGUUGAUCAGUAACUCGCCGGUCUACAUUGUAGGUCAUCCCCCCUGUUGCCAAGUUCGCCCGCCUGUCCUGUAUGUUCCUGUGCUCCAGCGACUUGUUCCUAGAAAGACCUGUUCAGAAACUGACCUGGGGACUGUUCAGACUGCUCACCAGGUCAAAAAAAAGUUUAACAUCCUUUCACCCUCAAUGUAAAAUCUAGAUAUUGCACAGAGAAAAGUGGCUAAACUGAAUUUUGAUACUUCACAGGCAGUCCAGGCUUGACUCUUUGGACUUGAGUGUCCCUCCUCCAGGUCUCGCUUCGUUCCAGGAUCUCUACACUGCUCUGUUGACCCAGUAUGAAGCUGUGUCUUUUGGAGACCGACUCUUUGGCUGUUGGGUCCUCUUACCUCUGCAGAGGAGGUACAGCGCCACCAUGAGGCUGGCUGUGUUUGGAGAGCAUGUGGGGAUGCUGAGGUCACUGGGAGUCACGCUGGACCAGGUAAUAAAGAUGUUUCUGCUUUUGUCAGACGCCUUUGAAGUCAUUUUUUAAUAUCAAUGUUUAUUUUUCUUUUCUGAGAUCACUUUACACAUGUUUAGGAUUCAUUCUUCACGUCUUUCUCUCUUGGUUUGAAGCUCUCAGUCCCCAUAGAGCGGUUCACGUCUCCCCUCGAAGACUCCCUCCCACUCCUCCGUCUCUACUUCCGCUCCUUAGUGACGGGGACGCUGAAGCCCCGCUGGUGUCCUGUCCUGUACGUCGUUGCCUUAUCACACGUCAACUCCUUCAUCUUCUCCCAGGAUGCUGCAGCACAGGUACUGAUCCACAUGGUAAACACAUGCAGACUCCGCACGCAGGCCAGUGAUUGAAAGUAAUUGAUUUCUGUCACCACUGGGAGUAUCCCUCUGAUUUAUGAACACAGCUCCUAAAACAGAUCCAGGCCUCUCCUGAUGUCGUUCCGCUCUCUCUAACUGAGCUGAUUAUGGGUUCAUGUAACGCCUGUGCUCUGGGGCCUUUUUUUAAAUCAGACACAGCAAACCUGACGCACACCGUCACAUGUGUAAUUAUUAAACAAAUCCAGAUAAUGCUGCAGCUGCACUCAAUGGGAAGCUUGAUCUGUUCAAAGUAUUCUGAUGUUUUUACAGGAAUCUGCCCACAUUUGCCCCAAAUUUGAACAAAGCAUGUGAUAUGAGUCAAUCAAGCAAAUCCUUGUGCUAUUGACAGACAAAGAAAGGAGUUGCCUCACCUCUUCGUGAAUCUCGAUGUGAAGGAUGUGACUCUUGUUUAACCUUUUGGAGUUAUCACUGAUAAUAAGAAACAUAUAAAGCAUACAGAGAGGAAGAGAGUGCCAUAGCAUCAAGCGGGGUCUUUGAUGUGUAAUCCCUUUUUUCAGGAGGUGGAAGCCGCUCGACACAGUAUGCUGAGGAAAAUCCACUACCUGACUGAUGAGGUGCGUCUCUCUCUCUGAUCUUUAUACAUCUCCGGUGUUUAUAGAUUUUUCCGUCUCGCUCUUGUUCUUCCCUUGUGAAUUUCUUAUGAUGUAAACUGGUGGAUCAGGGAUCAUACAUCUCUACAUCCAAGCUCUGUAUGGAUUACCUCCCUUUGCUUGUUAGGCGUAUCUCAGAGUUUGUUAUCAUGUGUAAAAUAAGUCCAAUAAAUUCACCUCUUCUAAAACUUCACUGCAGUGCCAACAACAACAACAACAACAAUAAUAAUAGUAAUAAUAAUAAUAUGCACGAUUUGAUCGUUUCAUUAAUGUGCUGUACUCAUGGAAAAUGGUCCAUUAUUUUAAGCAGUGUGACGCAAGUUUCCCCUCAGAAAUAAGUCAAAGAUGGUUGAAGUUUCAGUGCUGUUUAUUACCCACUGACUUACACCUCUUAUGUACAGGUGAAGUAAAAACAGGUGUAUUAAAUGAGGGAUGGGCUCAUUGUGUAUAUUCAUACAAAACAAACGUGACAUAAAUCUCAGUGCACUCAACUGUUGUGUCAUCCUGUGGACUAAGUUUGCGUUCACAAAUACUAUUAGAUAAACAGUACAGCAUUUGCUCUUAAAGACUGACAGACUCGGACUAUAUACGGUGUCCUUGGGUGUUUUGAAACCCGCCUAUAAAUAAAAUAUGUUUUUAUUAUUAUUGCUGUGUAAAAGUACUCCUGAUAAAAAAAGAGCAGUGGUUAUCUAUCUAAGGAGUAUAAACAUGAUAUGUUGGCUGAUUUAAAGAAUGAUCUGAUUUUGACUUAAAUCAUCAAAAAAGUCGGACUAAAUUUUGUAAUCUGCUGUUUGCUCCUUUCGCUGUGUUUCUUGCUAUUUUUUUAAAUCACUUUAGUCUGGCUUUCUUUUUUCUUUUUACCAUCUUUGGUUUAUUCAUGUUCUUAUUUUUAUGUCUUUGGGCUAAAAUUAUACAAAUGGUAUUGUAAUUAGUGUGAAAACUGCACAACUGCAGAGUUUCCCCCCAUAAGGAGCGAAUAUACGAGGGUUCCUACGCAAGUGUGGAAAUAAAUGUGCUCAAUUUUCAGGUCUUAAAAUGUAUGGAAAAAUAUUUAUGUUUCCAGACUGUUACCACUGCUCUAAAAUACUGUUUUCUAAAAUUGAAAAGUAGGUAUAUCCAAAAAUAAUUCUAACUAGAAAAGCACUCUGAGAGCACAGACCUCAGCCAAGCAGCUCAUGUCCCCCCUUAUAUUGUGAUUCACACCAAACCUUUUACUGUUACGUGUCUUUUAUUAACUUUUAUUUGUGUUUAAACUGGUAUGUUCACUGUUCAUAAUGUUCCUAAAACAAGAAAUGCCCUGACCGGGAUUCAAACCCAGGACCUUCUUGCUGUGAGGCAACAGUGCUAACCACUACACCACUGUGCUGCCCAUUGGUUAUCUUUCAGCAUUGAAAAUUCCAACGACACCCUUAUUUUUGUGUGUUCUGGAUCACAGUAUCCGGAAUUUUGUCUGGAUCAGGAUCAACCUUUGACACCUCAUAAAACUCAUUCAGAUCCCUUUGUGUCAUUUUUUACUAAAGACUGGCCAUUUUUUGUAGAGUUAAAUGCAAAAAUUCCAAAUUUGCCCUAUCUCACAAUGAUAAAGAAUCCUUCAAAAAAUUCCUGGAUCCAGAAGGCGAUCAGGAUCACCACCAAAAUGUAAUGGGAUCCUCCUGGGGCUGAAACGCACCUCUGGUGAAAAUUUCAGGUCAAUCCGUCUGUUACUUUCUCCGUAAAGUUGUUCACAGACAAACAAACAAACAAAACAACAAACCAACGCUACUGAAAACAUAACCUCCUUUGCAGAGGUACAAAGUAGAGUAUGGAAACAUAUGUAAAUUACAACUGUGUAGGAACCCUGAUAUAUCUUUCUGGUUAGAAACCAUGGCUGUUGUCACCUCCUCCUCUUCCUCACCCUGUUCUCUCUCUGUCUUACCUCCAGGUGUUGAGGAACCACUUGCUGCUCUUCCGUCUGCCACAGCGGCACACAGAGCUCGGUUUUGACAUGUUUGAUCAGUUGCCGCCUAUAAGAGCAAAGCGACUGGAGAAAGUACUGCAGAUGCAAGACAGCAGCGACCACAAAGGAGAGUGAAGGUAGCAGGGAGUUGAAACACUUCUUAGACAGAGGGGAGGACAGUAUGGGACUGAAACUGACUUAUAUUAGUGACCAGAUCAUGAGAGGAAGACAUGAGGCUUGGUGAUGGAAGUCCAAGUGCCUGAUUACAAUGGCUUUGGAGUAAAAGCCAGCAUGAUCACUGGAGGUUUUUCUGUGACCCCUCUUCUAAAAGGAGACUAAACCUGAGGUAGAGUUGGGAAACACUUAAAGAAGGAUCAUUGUUUUGUGGCGCUUAACACACCAGAGACACAUCUUUUGCAUCAGAGACUAUUCAGCAGAUCAUCAAUUUUGACCAUUUGAGAAAUUGAAUUUCUUUUUGUUCUUUUAAUGCUUUUUGAACAUGGUUGAUCAUGAGUCAGUUGAAACAUGAGUCAACAAGAGGAAAGAUUUGUUUGUUUUUGUAAAAAUAUUAUGGUGCGUCAAAAGAGCUGGAAAGCCGGAUCAGAUCAAUUUUUGGCAUCUCAUGGAGAGAAAAAAUUUACUUCUUUGCAAGUGCCUGAAAUGAUCUUUUGUAAAUAAUAAACAUGAUUUCCAAAUUGUC